GCGGCGGCGGCGGGGGCUCCGGAGGAGGGCUCCAGCGCGGCUCCCGGCUCUCGGUGAAGCGCGCCCCGCUUCCCCGGCUCACUGCACCCCGCUGCCGGCGCCCUUUCGAGAGCUUCGUGCCCUGGCUCGGCUCGUUCUCCGAGGGGCUCCGGGGGGGCCAGAGCUGCCUGCAUGACACUCCGGCGGGGAGAAAAGACCACCAUCAGCAUUCAGGAGCAUAUGGCCAUUGACGUGUGCCCGGGUCCCAUCAAGCCCAUCAAACAGAUCUCCGACUACUUCCCCCGCUUCCCCCGGGGGCUCCCGACGGCAGUCAGCCGGACCGGCUCCCUGCAGGCCGACGGCAGCCAAGCCUCGGUCAGCCCCUCCGAACCCCCCAGGGACGACGACGAGGAUGUGGACCAGCUGUUCGGUGCCUACGGCCCCGGCCCCAGCCGCCAGCGGCAGCCCCCGGCCCAGCCCCAGCCCCAGCCCUCGGCGGGCGGCAGCGGCGGCGCCGGCAAGCCCGAAGAAGACCUGGACGGGGAGGGCUACGACUCGGAUGACUGCACUGCCCUGGGGACCUUAGACUUCAGUUUGCUCUACGACCAGGAAAACAACGCCCUUCAUUGCACCAUCAAUAAAGCCAAGGGACUGAAGCCAAUGGACCAUAAUGGGCUGGCAGAUCCAUAUGUCAAACUGCAUUUGCUCCCGGGAGCAAGUAAGGCAAAUAAACUCAGAACAAAAACCCUUCGGAAUACCCUAAACCCCACCUGGAACGAGACCCUCACCUACUAUGGAAUCACUGACGAAGAUAUGAUUCGGAAGACCCUCAGGAUUUCCGUCUGUGACGAGGACAAAUUCCGCCACAAUGAGUUCAUCGGGGAGACCCGGAUCCCCCUGAAAAAACUAAAACCCAACCAGACCAAGACCUUCAGCAUCUGCUUGGAAAAACAGCUGCCAGUGGAUAAGACGGAAGACAAGUCCCUGGAAGAGCGAGGGCGGAUCCUGAUAUCCCUCAAGUACAGCUCCCAGAAGCAGGGCCUGCUGGUGGGCAUCGUGAGGUGUGCCCACCUGGCGGCCAUGGAUGCCAACGGAUACUCCGACCCCUACGUGAAAAUAUACCUGAAACCGGACGUGGACAAAAAGUCCAAACACAAGACAGCUGUGAAGAAGAAAACCCUGAAUCCGGAAUUUAAUGAGGAAUUCUGUUAUGAAAUUAAGCACGGAGACCUGGCUAAGAAGACCCUGGAAGUCACUGUUUGGGAUUACGAUAUCGGCAAAUCCAAUGAUUUCAUUGGAGGAGUCGUGCUGGGCAUCAAUGCCAAGGGAGAACGCCUAAAGCACUGGUUUGACUGCCUAAAAAACAAGGACAAGAAAAUCGAGCGCUGGCACACGCUGACCAACGAGCUGCCCGGGGCCGUGCUCAGUGACUGACCUCCGCCCCAGCCCCCCACCCCCACCGCCAGCAACACUUCAGGGUCUGAGAUUUAUGUUUACUCAGCAGCAUCACAAGGCUCCUGAACCACUGCAUCCGCAAAAAUGCCGCCUCGCCUGUCCCCCCGGACACUGGGAACGGCUCCGGGCUGGGCCACGGAGGGAUAAAGUCCCGGGCCCAGGGGACCGAUCCAGGCCCCAAGAGCCAACCAUCCCCCGCUAUUGGAGCUUGAGCUGGGGCCGGGCCCAUCUCUUACUGGUCCCUGAACCCCUUUCCCUCUCUCUGCUUCCUAAGGGGCCACAGGAGUUGGGAGACGGGGCUUUAGGGGGUGGGAGUGGAGAGGGGGAGGACAUCUGGCUGCCCCAACCCUAGCUGGCUCCAUCCCGAGGAGACAGGAAGAAUGGGCAGCUCCUGACCCAGCCGAGCCUAAAGUCAGAGGAGGUUGACCAGCAAGCCAGAGGAAAGUGCAGCGCCAAGGGGCUGGAGUGAGGUGCCUGAGGCCUGAUUCCCACAUGAGGCUUGGUGGGAAAGGGACGGGCUGGGAUUCCAGGCCACGCCGACCCAGUGAUGCUGUGACUUUCCUCCCUGGCAUUCCCGGAAGCGGAGGAGCCUUGAAGCCCACCGGAGCAGAUUCACCCCGAGUCUCCUGGCCCAUCUGUCACAGGGAAGCUCACGCUCUUGGCCAGACAUUUUGCAGGGGGCAAAGGCGUGUAAGGAGGAGUCAAGUGGGCAGUGAUACCAGGCAGCCACUGGCUCACGGGGCAGCCCAGGGGGACGCCAGAAGUGGGACCCUGAGCUCCAUCCUCAAAAGGCCCAAACCACCCAAAUGCUCCUGGUCCUCCAGCUGAUCCUGCAAGAGGCUGAAUCCUCCUUGUCCCAGGACAGGCUUCUUGGCUGGGGACCUCAGAGCUGUGAAGGCUACGCCGGGCUUGGGGUGGACAAGGCAGCUGAUCCUCCUCUCGCCCUUCCUCAAAGCAAUGCUGUCACUGGAUCAUCAUCCCCCAUUUUACAGAUGAAGAAACUGAGGCUCUCAGAAGAGACAAGGUUUGCCUGGAGUCUGAGAUGGGAUUUGAUCCUGGAUUUCCUGGCUCCGAGUCCUAAGCUCUAGCCACCAGGCCACCCUGUCUCUCCUCCACACAGGGCACAGGGUUGAGCGCUAAGGGACACAGAAGUGUGUUUCUUCCUCUGUCACAUAUCUAAGCUCAUCUCCACCUGGCAAGGCACAAGGGAGGCCCUCCUGCCUCCUCCCUAAAUUCCCAAGGAAUAACAGCUGCUGACAGGCAGGAUUUGGAGCUGGCAGGGACCACGGGCAUCGUUCAUGCCACUGCCCGGAGGGAACCGAGGUGUCGAGAAGUGAACUUUCCAGGUUAGCCCGGGAAUAAGGGGCAGCAGAGCACAAGCCCAGGGCUGCUGCCCCCGAACCACAUGCCUUCUAACAGACAGACUGACCUACCGAAAAGGACUCACGGGUCCAGAUGGGACGAGGUGCUGGUCCUUGACUCUCCGUGGCCCCAAUUGGGGUUUCCUUGGCAGAGACACUGAAGCAGUUUGUCAUUCCCAACUCCAGCUCAUUAUACAGAUAAGGAACUGAGGCAAAUGGUGUUAAGUGACUUGCCCAGGGUCACAUAACUAGAAAGUGUCUGAGGGAAGAUUUGAACUCAGGAUGAUGAAUGAACUAUGGCGCCCCUUAAGUGCUUCAGUCCGAUAUGUGUAUCCUAUAAAAGUCAUCCUAUAAAGUCUGUAUUAAGGGAUGGGGGCCAGCAAAAGCAUUUCACUGGAGGGGAAUCUGAGGCAAGGGGCAUUCUGGGCCCAGAGAGAAUGGGUGAGAGCAUCCUGAUCCCUUCUAAACCAUCCAGGAAAGCUAAAGAACACAGAACCAAAAAAUGUGAGAGCUAGAAGAGGCCUUAAGGUAAACUUCAAGCCCUUAUACAGAGAGGGAAACUGAGGCACAUGAAGCAACUAUACCACAGGCUGGUAUUGAUGGUGAGGCUGGGACGGCCAGGCCCGUUUGAGACAAGAGAGGAGGGGGUUUUGCGCACACAGCAAACACCAGAGCUCACAGUAUGUUAUGUUCUACCCCCGGCCUUCCUUCCCCCUGGUCCCUUAGCCCUCCUGCUGCUGUGAAGGAUUCCUCCCAUUUCCCUCCCAGCCCAACCCAUGGCAUUAGAGACAGCAAGGGAAGGGAAAGGCUUCCAGGGGCUAAUCUUCCUGGCAAGUUCCAAUCCACUCGGAAGUGGGAGGCUCACAGCACAUCCAGGGCGGCAGGAGGUUUUUCCAGGAGAAAGGGGAUCUACAGCUUUCUACCUGUAGGUGUGAUCUUGGGCUAAUCGAUCACUUUCUAGUCCUCAGUUUCCAUGUCUGUAAAAUGGGGUCUUGACUGAAUAAUCUCUGAGCUCCGUGCUAGGGCCUCUGAGAGUCCCCGGCCUGCGUCCCUCUGCUGCCUCCACUUCCUCCCUCCUCCUCCUUCUUUCUGAUGGCUUCCCUUCCCACCAGUUGCUGGCUGGAGAGGCCCCCAACCCCGAGGAGCAACCAAAGGUGCUACUUCCUACAAAACCCCACUGCCCUGGGGGAGAAGAUCCCUUUCCCUCAGUCCAUAAGGCUUGGGGUUCCAUCCACUGACCCUGGUGUGGUUCCUCCCCAAACCUAUACGACACACGCUGGCCCAUCUCGUGACCUUUGAGGGAAGGCUCAGUGCUCUGCCCAAGGGAUCGGUACUCCAGGGCAGUCAUCCCGACCAGACUCACCCACGUGGCCUUUCGGUCUCCUGGAGAAUCCAAGAGAAAGUGAGAGGGAAGCGGCGGGGAAUGGGCAGUGGACUCGUCUGUGGAGGGCGGGCUAUCCGAACCAAGCUGGCCCAACAAAGCACCGGGACCAAGGUGCCGGCCAACACAAGCCAGGAAACGGGAGGCCUGAGAGGAAACGGCUUGUCCAGAACCACAGCGGAUCAGGAAGAGGCCCCGGCUCCCCAGACAGCAAAGCCCCUCCUGCCAGGCCCCUGAAAACAAGACUUCCUAAAGCACUUAGCCGGCCAGGCCAUUCCUUGGGCAAGAUGAAGCCUUUGCAGGACGAGGU